AUGUCCCCUCUUCGUGGAUAUAUCACUUCAUACCCACCACGCGUGCGCCAGUAUGGCAAUGCGUUGCUCACCCCAGUCUACCCGGUGCAGACUGGCCCGACGCCGCGAACCACCAAGCGCGGAACGACCGCGAUCAAUUACGCCGAAGACGGAUACGAUGAUGGGGACUUUGAUGAAGAUAGUGAUGCCCUUCGAAGGCCCACGGGGCUGAGAAGUCUCCGACGUGAGGAAUCCUCUGGUGGUCCUGGUGCUGGUGGCGGCGCCCUGCCAACAACCCAGAAACUGGGCAAAGAAGCGCAUGCGCCUGUGGAAGUGCAGGGAGUCUUUCGCGAAUGGAUGAUCAAACGAAUGUUGCGACCAGCAUGCGCGGAUCAAUUACAAAUCCAAGCUCAGCUCCCUCUCACCCUCGUUCCCAUUCGAAUUGAUGUCGAGGUUCCCGCUCACACCCCUCUCGAACCCUUCCCUAUCCCACGCGGCGCUGAUAACAGCCUCAACGGCCUCCUCAACCUUCCUGCAUACCGCCGUCCAGAGCCCCUGCCUCCUUUCCGAAUCAAGGAUACCUUCCUUUGGAACCUCCAUGAAGCACUUGCGACACCAGAAGAGUUCGCUGUCGGAUUCGUUCGCGACCUCGAUCUACCGAAUCCGCAAGCGACCACAAUGACUAUCAGCAACCAGAUUCGCCAGCAACUGGAAGAAUAUGCUGGUGUGGCAUUGCAUCCUCUUUUCUCGAGCACCCAACCACCCCAUGAGCAAAGCAUGCCCCCACAAACAGAAUUCUCUCGAGACACCUCUAUGACCCCUGCUGCUACCACGAAUGUUGCCACGCCUGACAGCCGGCCCAACGGAGCAUCAGUAACAGCGACGAAGGAAGCACUAGUCAACGACAGCCUACUAAACCCAGAUGAUGCGUAUCGUUGCCUGAUCAACCUCAACAUCAACUUACAAAAUAAGCUUUAUACCGACAAGUUUGAGUGGUCACUAUUGCACCCACCUGGUAUGGCGGAUGACUUUGCCAAGAUCACUUGUGCAGACUUGCACCUUGGCGGCGAAUGGGUCAGCGCCAUUUCACACGGUAUUUACGAGGCAGUCCUGAAGCUCAAGAAGGAGGUCUGCGAAAGUGGCGGCCUCGUGAGCGGAAUCAACGGUUACGGCAAUGAGAUCGAUAACCAAGCAGCGAACGGUGUCGAGGCCGGUUGGCGGUAUGACCCCGAGACCCUCGGCGACGAAUGGGAACCCAAGGUCGAGACUCUCUCCAAAGACGAAAUCGAAAGACGAGAAGGCGACCGAGAACGACAAAUCCGGCGCCUGCGCCGAGAGACUGCACGAUUCUCCUCUACCACCGGCAUUACCACCGGUACGCCAGAGGCAUCCAGGCAGAGCAGUGGUGGAUUCUUCGAUGUCGACAGCGAGACUCCUCUCGGUAGGGGUGAACGAAAUAAGCGGAAGCGUCGAUUCCGCAGCCUCAGUCCUUUGGGCCGGAGCACUCCAGGUGGCCGAGGCACCCCGGAAACGAGCUCUGGUGCUGGAUAUGGCGGCGGCGGUGGUACACUUUCCGAAUGGGAACGGCAAAGCUGGAGAUGCUUUAACUGCAUGGUAUGGGGCACAGCAGUGUGGGCGGUGCGAGACGGCCCUGAUGGCCCACGGACACUUUGUCACAAUUGUGGCUUCCUCUAUGAGCGAGACAAGGUCGCACCUGAAUGGUCAAAAGACCUCCAUCGUCAUGAUAUCCCCGUCGGGCGAAUCGCCUAA